CACUCUCCCCCCUCUCUCACACACACACUACUCUUGGCUGUUUGAUUUGCAAGCAUCGCGUGAUAUGUCAAUGGACAAAAUGGCCAAGGACCUGCUGCCGCCUCCGGUCACGAGCAGCAGCAGCUGCGGCCGCCGCGGCUCCCAGUCGUCGCAGCAGCAGUACAGGGGCGUGCGGAAGCGGAAGUGGGGCAAGUGGGUGUCGGAGAUCCGGCAACCCGGCACCAAGACGCGCAUCUGGCUCGGCAGCUUCGAGUCGGCCGAGAUGGCCGCGGCGGCGCACGACGUGGCCGCGCUGCGCCUGCGGGGACGCGACGCGCAGCUCAACUUCCCCGGGUCGGUCGGAUGGCUGCCCCGGCCGGAGACCUCCCACCCGGGCGACGUCCGCGCAGCGGCGGCCGAGGCCGCCGACCGGGUGCGGUGCGAGCCGGCGCUGGUGGUGGCGCGGAGCGAUGAGUCCUGGCUCGGAGCCGUGCCGGGCCGGGCGGUCGAUCAGCUGGGCGGGAGCGACGAGGAGUUUGACCUGGACCUGGACUCGCCCAAGCUGUGGGCCGAGAUGGCGGAGGCCAUGCUCCUGGAUCCGCCGAGGUGGGACACGGGUCUCAUCGAGACGGAGGUGGCCCAGUGCUGGUCGCACGGGUCCCUGUGGGACGCCUGCUAGCCGCUACCUUGGCUCGGCUUGGCUUGACUGCAAGUGUGGCCAUUCCUUUUGGUGUGCGUCAAUCAGCGCCUUGCUUAUUUUCCUUUUCUGCUGUUUGGUUUGCUGUUUUGGUUCGUGUUAUCUACAUGUAUUAGGCAAUUGAUGGUAAUAUCGGUUGAACAUCUAACUGUGGAUAUA